AUGAUGAGUAAAUAUUCUAAAGUUUCUAAGGCGGUUCGCAUGAACUUUUCCCGUCAAUUGCAUGCCUCCAACGCUGCUUGCAAGAGUUUUGCUUCGCAACCAGAUGCCUCAUCUUCCUCAGUUACUGGCAAGUUCAUCGACGACGUCACCAAACCAUACACAGUCACCACUUACGCCCGUCCUAACUUGGUUAUUGCACGUGGAAAAGGCUCCUAUUUGUAUGACCUCGAGGACAGAGAGUACGUGGACUUCACCGCAGGUAUUGCUGUGACCUGUUUGGGCCACUCCAAUGAGGAAGUGUCCAAGAUCAUUGCUAAGCAGUCACAGACAUUGAUGCACUGCUCCAACCUUUACUACAACCUUCCUGCGGGAGAGUUGGCCAACAAGUUGGUUGCUAAGACCGUUGAUGCCGGUGGAAUGUCUGAUGCCCAGAGAGUGUUCUUGUGCAACUCUGGUACUGAGGCCAACGAGGCUGCAUUGAAGUUUGCAAGAAAAUACGCCAAGUCUAAGAGCGAAGAAAAGAUUGAAAUCAUUGCUUUUGAAAACGCCUUCCACGGAAGAACCAUGGGUGCAUUGUCAGUCACAGCCAAUCCCAAGUACCAGAAGCCAUUUGCUCCAUUGAUUCCUGGAGUCCACACUGCAAGCACCAACGACAUUGAGACUGUCAAGAAAGUUAUCAGCAAGGAGAAGACUGCAGCUGUGAUCAUCGAGCCUAUCCAGGGAGAGGGAGGUGUCAACGCAGUGGAUGAGACAUUCUUGGUGGAGUUGAAGAAGCUCUGUGAUGAGAACGACGUUGUCCUCAUCUACGACGAGAUUCAGUGUGGUUUGGGCAGAACCGGCCAGUUGUGGGCCCAUUGUAACUUGCCAAAGGAGGCACACCCAGAUAUCUUGACCAUGGCCAAGGCUUUGGGUAAUGGUUUCCCCAUUGGAGCCGUGAUGAUCAGCGAAAAGAUCGAAAAUGCAUUGGAGGUUGGAGACCAUGGUACCACCUACGGAGGAAACCCAUUGGCGGCCUCUGUGGGAUCUUAUGUGGUUGAUCAGGUUAGUGAUGCUGAGUUCUUGAAGCAGGUGCAAGCCACUGGAGACAAGUUUGUGAAGUCGUUGUCGGCAAUCGCUGAGAAGUACCCAGAACAUAUCGAGAAGGUCAAGGGUAGAGGACUCUUGUUGGGAUUGCAGUUCAAGCCGGAGACUGACAUCAAUGCCAUAGUUCUUAAGUGUAGAGAGUACGGGUUGCUUGUUAUUACUGCUGGAGGCAAUGUGAUUCGGUUGGUUCCAGCGCUCAAUAUUCCCGAUGAGGCUACUAGCAAAGGUAUUGAGAUUUUGGAGAGGGCGAUCUCUGAGGUUGUUGUUUAA